AUGUCUGUCUUCUCUGGUUUGAUGAGCUCCCGCGGGGCGAACAAGUCGUAUUGUUCUUCCAAGAGCGGCCUGACACCUAUGCAAAGCGUGACACCCAUCGCGCACGCAAAGGCGUCGGGGCUGGCUGCCUGGAGCGCGCCGCCGGAGCAUGCACUGGACGGCACGUCCGAGGCUGUCUUGAGGGCCUUCGCUUCCCUCCCGACGGACCAGGUUCUUGAUCACUUGCAGGUCGAGCGGCAGGGCCUGUCGAGCGAGGAGGCCGAGGCUCGUCUGCGUGUCAAGGGACCGAACACGCUUCGUUCCCAGAAGCCGCCAUCGUGGUUCAUUCUUCUUCUCAAGGUUAUUCCGAAUCCGUUCAAUAUUUUGCUCAUCUUCCUCGCCAUCAUCAAUGCCUCGAUUCCCCCGCCAGAUUGGACUGGCUUCACAGUUCUGAUGGUCAUGGUCGCAAUCUCCGUCCUUGUCCGAUUCUGGCAGGAGUAUCGAAGCGGCCUCGCCGUCUUCCGUCUACAAAUGUCCAUCAAGACGGCCGUCCGCGUUCGCCGUCGCGAGGCCGAGACGCACAUGCCGACAUCCGAGCUGGUUCCUGGUGACAUCGUCCUGCUGGCCCCCGGCGACGUCGUGCCCGCCGACUGCCUAGUGCUCGACGCCUCGUUCCUCCGCGUCAGCCAGUCGCAGUGGACCGGCGAGAGCGUCCCCGUCUCCAAGGUCGCCUCCGCCGGCGGUGACAAGACAACCGGCUCCCUCUUCGACCUCUCAAACGUGUGUUUCAUGGGCACCGGUGUCGUUUCCGGAAACGCAACGGUCGUGAUCCUGCGCACCGGUGGCGACGCGCUGAUCGCCGCCAUGUCCAAGGCGCUUCAGAAGAGCCGCGGCCUCAACGCUUUCCAGCGGGGCAUCCAGAACGUCACCUGGAUGCUCAUCGGCUUCAUGGGCGUCAUGGUGCCCAUCGUCCUGGUCGUCUCGGCCAAGACGACUGGUGACUGGGGCCAGGCUGCGCUGUUCAGCAUCAGCGUCGCGGUCGGCCUCGUGCCGGAGAUGCUGCCGGCCAUUGUCAACGCCAAUCUGGCCCGCGGCGCGUACCUGCUCUCCAAGAAAAAGGCCAUCGUUCGUCGGCUCGACUCGGUGCAGAACCUCGGCGCCAUGACGGUUCUGUGCAGCGACAAGACCGGGACCCUGACCAAAGACGAGAUUACGAUGAAAGAGGCUCUCGAUUGGUCUGGAAACGACGAUGUGGAGGUGUUGAAGCUGGCAGUAAUUGAAGCAACGAUUCAAGGCACCGGCGGAAACAAUAUGGACGCUGCCAUCUGCAACUUCCGACUACCGAACGGAGAGCAGGUCCAAACGACAAAGUACGAAAAGACGGUCGUCAUCCCCUUUGACUUUGAGCGUCGCCGCUCAUCCUGCAUCGUCCGGGGCGUCGCUGGCGGCGCCAUGCUCAUCUGCAAAGGCGCCUUUGAGGAGGUCUACUCGCGCUGCUCCAUGAUCCAGACGGACAAGGGCGAGAGCGCCAUGGCCGGCCACCACCGCACCAUCCUGAAGCAGCAGGUCAAGACGCUGAACAGCCAGGGCUACCGGGUCCUGCUAGUGGCCACGAAGCAGCUCGCCAAGGCCCAGGUCGACGACGAGGACGGCUUCGAGGACCUGGAGACGAACAUGACAGUUCACGGCUUGUUGACCUUUGUCGACCCGCCGAAGCCUGAUGCCGCCGACUCUAUCCGCAAGUUGAAGGCUCUCGGCGUCGACGUCAAGGUGCUCACGGGCGAUAAUAUGGCCGUCGCGCUCAACGUCUGCCGCGCGCUCGGUCUGGUGCAGCGCGAGGACUCGCUGGAAAGCGAUGGACCGUCGGCCAUGACGGGAGCGGAGCUGGACAACCUGGUCGACGAGGAAGAGUUUGACGAGGCGGUGAAGUGCUGCAAGGUGUUCGCCAAGGUGUCGCCGGUGCAGAAGGAGAGCAUCGUGGCGAGCCUGCGGAAGCAGGGCCACGCGGUGGGCAUGCUGGGGGACGGGAUGAACGACUGCCUGGCGCUGCGGAAGGCUGAUGUAGGAAUAUCGGUCGACUCGGCGGCGGGCGCGGCCAAGGACUGCGCCGACUUCAUCCUGACGGAGAAGGGGCUGGCGAUCAUUGUGGAGAGCGUCACUAUCGGUCGCGUCACGCACGCCAACUCGAUCAAGUACAUCAAGAUGGUGCUGUCCUCCAACUUUGGCAACGUGUUUAGUAUUCUGGCGGCGAGCGCUUGGCUCCCGUUCACGCCCAUGACGAACCUGCAGAUCCUGGCGCAGAACCUGCUGUACGACAUCAGUCAGAUUGCGAUCCCGUGGGACAAGGUGGACGCUGAGUUUUUGGAGACUCCCAAGUCGUGGAAGCCCUGGGAUCUCCUCCGGUUCGUGGUGGUGCUGGGCCCGACCAGCUCCGUCAUCGACGUGUGCACGUUCCUGCUCGGCUGGUUCUACUACGGGAUCCGGACGACGGAGGACCCGGCGGCGGUCAGCCAGUUCCAGACGCACUGGUUCCUGCAGGGCCUGCUGACGCAGACGCUGAUCGUGCACCUGCUGCGGACGGCCAGGCUGCCCUUUGUGCAGAGCCGGUCGUCCAUCCAUCUCGGCCUCUCCACGGCGGCCAUCAUGGCCAUCGGGUUCGUGCUGCCGUGGAUCCCGGCAUUCCACAGUGCGCUGUCGUUUGUCAAUCCCAAGGGCACCUAUAUCGGGUUUCUGUUCGCGGAGCUGUUUGCUUACUGUGUCGAGGUGCAGCUGGUCAAGAUGGCUUACGUGAAGCUGUUCAAGACGUGGCUGUAG